GCAAUUGUCGUAGUGGUGGUGGUUGUGUCAGUAGUGGCCGUAUCUGUAGUGACCGCAUCAGCAAUUGUCGUAGUGGUGGUGGUUGUGUCAGUAGUGGCCGUAUCUGUAGUGACCGCAUCAGCAAUUGUCGUAGUGGUGGUGGUUGUGUCAGUAGUGGCCGUAUCUGUAGUGACCGCAUCAGUAAUUGUCGUAGUGGUUGUGGUUGUGUCAGUAGUGGCCGUAUCUGUAGUGACCGCAUCAGCAAUUGUCGUAGUGGUUGUGGUUGUGUCAGUAGUGGCCGUAUCUGUAGUGACCGCAUCAGUAAUCGUCGUGGUGGUUGUGGUCGUGCCAGUAGUGGCCGUAUCAGUACUGAGUGCAUCAGUACCUGCCAUAUCAAUAGUUGCCGUAUCAGUGGUUGUCGUAGUGGUUGCGGUCGUAUCAGCUGGUAUCGGAGUGGUUGUGUUUGA